UACUCGGAGCGUCAAGGUCUUCUGACGAGAAGAAACUCCGGAGAGUUCCUGUUCUUAUUAGCCUUUAUUAAGUGGUUCAUUCGCAAUGCCUGAACCGGCGAAAUCCGCUCCCGCGCCCAAGAAGGGCUCGAAGAAAGCGGUGACCAAGACCCAAAAGAAGGGCGACAAGAAGCGUCGCAAGACCAGGAAGGAAAGUUACUCCAUCUAUGUCUACAAGGUGCUGAAGCAGGUCCACCCCGAUACCGGCAUCUCCUCCAAGGCCAUGAGCAUCAUGAAUUCCUUCGUCAACGACAUCUUCGAGCGCAUCGCGGGGGAGGCGUCCCGCCUGGCCCACUACAACAAGCGCUCCACCAUCACCUCGCGGGAGAUCCAGACGGCCGUGCGCCUCCUGCUGCCCGGCGAACUGGCCAAGCACGCCGUGUCCGAAGGCACCAAGGCCGUCACCAAGUACACCAGCUCCAAGUGAGGCGGCGGCUGCGCUGCGCAGUAAGGCGAUCCAGAAACCCCAAAGGCUCUUUUCAGAGCCAUCCACUUUCUCCUGAAAGAGUUUUAAGUCGCUGCUUUCUUUGUGUCCUUCUUAAUUUAAGGCUUGAAACUUGGGUCUGCCUCGGACGUUGCUUUUCGUUAUACUAAUAAAAUGCAAAUAUAAGGCUCUUAAAAAAAUAUUGAUCCUGUGGCUUAGGGGAAAGUAACAUAUUACAGUAUAGGUCACAAUUGUUAAAAUCAGUGAAGCUGUAUAGUACAAAUGUUUAUCUCUAAUAAUAUAAGAUAUCCUUUUAAAAGUAAGAUAUUCUGAAUUUAGCCAAGAAAAGUACAAAAAAGUUCAUGGAUUGACAGGAUGAUUUCCAGAUCUGACCUUGCAGAUGCUGAGUUUAAUAGAUUUUGUUUUUUAAAAAUCCUGCUUGUAGCAAUUUUAUAAAUUAAGUCAAGGCUGUGAACACACCUAAUACAGUUCUUGACUAAUAAUUUGUUUAGUGGCCAUGGCACUGAAAAGAUUGGCCCAGCACCCUGGUGGUCAUGUGAUCAAAAUUCAACCCCGCCCUCCUUAGCAAAUAGCUCAGACAGUAUAAUGCAGUGUUUCUCAACCUUGGCAACUUGAAGA